AUGGAGGGGACGAUGCUGAGACAGGACAAGGCACAGAAGCGGGUGAGGUUCCGUGUGGCUUCAGGGAACAGCGGCCGCGUGCUGAAGGAGAUUUUCAAGGAUGAAGGGCCUUCGGACUCCCUGGAUUCAGACUGCACCAGCAGCUCGGAUGCCGAUAGGGCCAGCACCCCUUCUACAAGCGGGGACGUCCAUGGAAACCUCUUUGGGUGUCUGGGCUCAGAGCUGGAUGACAGCGAAUGUGAGCCGGAUGACCUGCUCUUGUACGCAGGAGCCACCAAAGACUGGAUGUUCACCACCAAAAGGGUCAACAUACUGAGUAAGAAUGGGACAGUGAGGGGGGUCAAGCACAAAGUCAGCGCAGGGCUGACUCUGUUUGAAAACCUUCCAACUUCAAACAGUAUGGAGCUGUCCCUUGAAUGUGGACGGAUAGUGAUCUACACUACCAGUUUCCGCGUGGUGAGGACGACCUUCGAGCGCUGCGAGCUCGUCCGGAAGAUCUUCCAGAACCACAGGGUGAAGUUCGUGGAGAAGAACAUCGCCCUGGACAGCGAGUACGGGAAGGAGCUGGAGGAGCGGUGCAAACGUGUGGGAGAGCCUCCUUCAUUACCCGUGGUGUUCAUCGAUGGACACUACCUUGGGGGUGCUGAGAAAAUACUCGGCAUGAAUGAGUCAGGAGAACUUCAGGAUCUUUUGACUAAAAUUGAGAGGGUACAGCACCCCCAGACGUGCCAGACCUGUGGCGGCUUCGCCUUCGUCCCGUGCCCAACGUGCCAUGGCAGCAAGAUGUCCGUGUUUCGAAACUGCUUCACGGAUUCCUUCAAAGCCCUCAAGUGCACUUCGUGUAACGAGAACGGCCUGCAGCCGUGUAUGAGCUGCAGCCAGUGA